AUGAACUUCGGAAGACUAACUCUAGUAAUUUUAUUCGCGGCAAAAAUAGCCGCGUCCUUAGACGUCAGGUCCCUAAAUUCUAUCGAGGAAAUAAUUGAAUUUGUCGCGGAAGUUGCUGAUUCAAUUAAUGGAGAAAAGCUAAAUGCAGCUGAAAAACUAGUGAACAGUUUUAGGAUCGACGGGUACCGAAAUUACGGAGAAGUUGUCAGGAAAUAUUUCGCCGAGUUUCCACAUAAAACAGUGACCGAUCAACAAAUCGAGGAAUUGAAGAAUUAUAUCGCAAAAAUAGACAAUGCGUGGAUAAAAUUUACAUCUGAAGAGGCGAAAGCAGAGUUAGGGGAAUUUGUCAAGCUGUUGCCGGAGAUUUCGGGCAAGUUGUACAGUAUUUACGUCGGAAAUGGUCAAGAUAUCAAAGGAUUCCCCACUCAAGUUGCAACAGAUAGGAAAUUUAGCAUAUGCCUAAUAACAGAAAACGACCAAUUGCGCCUGCGGAAGCUCCAUCAAAUUUUUAUACUGUCAGAACUCCGGGGGUUUAUUUUAUCCCUGAAAGCUUCCGAGGACCCUCAAAAAGCAGCAGCUCGUGCUGUUUUUCACGCCCAGCAAUAUUUACAGGCUACUCGCCAAGGUUUCCUCAAAAAAUGGAAUUAUCAUCGAAAAUGUGACCCUCGAAAGGACAUUAGAGGUGAAACCUUUUCGGAAUUUCUGGGCCUCUUUCAAGGCGUGAUAGUCAAUGAGCUACAAACCAACAGUGUCGAUGCUUCUCAUUGCAAAGAUGAUUGUUCGGCUGUGGAUUAUUUGAGAAUAGUCAGAUGCUAUGAUGCUGUUGACAAUACUGGAACCAUCAUCCAUUGCCAUGCAAAACCUUGCAAUGGAAUACUACAUGCUUGCAUCGAUGUAGGCAAUGUCAAAACAUGUGAAAUGAAUGAAAACUCGGACAGACGUUUUUCUUGGUUGAGAUCAGUCAAAGAUGAUACCUCUAAGUUACUAUGUCCGGGAAGAGUAGUUGAAAUGUAUCGUACUCGGUACAAAGAAAUUUUCCAUUGUUCAGUGUGCAAGUGUAUAUGUGCGGAACAGGAUGGUAAUUCGACAGCCAUGAGAACUAUCAGUCUCAUCCCGCAAUUCGCCGACAUCCGCAGAAACAUGGUAAUGACCGGAGUGCGAUUCGCUGAAAAGGACCGAAUGUUCCAUCUCCAAAUUGAGCAGGCUGAAUUGGGUCCUUUUGGAGAAAUCGUCCCAGAUACCGCGGAGUGGAAAGAACUGGGGGACUUUCAGUACGACCCAGCAGAAGAAGGGAGUUUUUCGAUGAAGAAAGGAGAAGAGUUCGUUAAAUUGACGGAGUUUAUAGACUUUUCUUUCGUGACCCUUGAUCAGCGGACCAUCAACCUGGACGAAAUCUUUGCUGACCCCGGGCAAGUUCUUAUCGGAGUCCGGUUCGUUUUCAAUGGCAUGGAUGAUGCCUUCGAGCUGCAGAUCAAGUCCUGGCCAGUAAAUUUGGAAACCGGUAAGUUGGCGGAAGGAAAUCCGUCCGAUGUCGAAUGGAUUGGAUGGGAAAAUUCGAAGAUGCGCUCGGAAUGCUACAACAGGCCUAGAAGUACGAUUGAUCUGGAAGACGCCAAUGAACCUUUGAGAACUAAUAAAUGGAAUGAAGCUCUGUUAGUUCCGAAUCUAAGACUUAUGAUACGAGCGACGAAUUUUCAGAAUGAUUUGCACCAACACACGAUUCCUUAUUUGGACCUUCAACCUGUCACCUAUUCUACGGCUAAGAUUCCUCUGGGUGGGCUUCAGAUAUUUUACAAGAGAGUCAAAGGUUAUGGAGGAUUUUUGGCCUUCAGAAUAUUUGGUUUUGAUUUUACUGAGGACUUUAGAUGGAAGAUGUCCACCAGUCAAUUCAAUAAAUAUCGACCUUUUUUUCACGAAAAUUUGAUCCUGCAAGAAUCUUCUGAAUAA